GGCAAUACCAUCUUGUUGUUUCCUUUAAUUUCGGAAUUUAGUCUUCGAUCAAGAACAGCCAAAUUUGGUCGACUGCUCUCUACGGCAUCAUGAGAAUAAUAUUUUGUGUUUUAAUCGUUGGUCUUCUGGUAGCACAUAUUUGUGCGAGGCCAGAGGACAAACCGAAAGAUGCAGCUGAUAAAGCCAAAGGCGCCGCAAAGGAUGGUAAAAAAGCUGCCGAUGACGCCAAAAAAGAUGCUAAAAAGGACGCUGACGAUGCUAAAAAAGAUGCCGCAGACGCUCUAAAAGAUGCAGAAAAGGCCGUCAAGAAACAUAAACCUACGCCUCCAGAUGACGACGACGACGAGGACGAGCCUACUACCACGCCUCGGCCACAUAGACAUCAUAGGCAUAAACACCAUGGCAUUGCCGAAGUUCCCAUUAAGAUUGCCAAGACAAUCGUCGAUGAAGCAUUUGAAAUAGCGGACGGUUUCGCCGACGCCAUUCCCUUUUUUGGGUGAACGAAAUAUCGAAGAAGUGUAACAUUGGACAAAAUACAUUAUCUCAUUGUAAAUGAUCCUAAGCAAAGUAUCAUAAUUAUGAUUUCAAUGUUACUUGAACAUUACAACAAUAACUGAAAUUAAAUACUACUUCAAAAAAA